AUGGCUGCUGCGAGUAUGAAACAUCAGAAAAAAUCGUCUGUUCGCCGGUUGGCUGCCAAGAAUUUUCUGUCAAACAUUUCUCUAGAUGGCACACAUAGGGAUACAAAUUAUAUGUUUCACAUUUGGAAGCGUCACAAGCAUAAGCAUGAUGAUUUGGAGGAAAGGUUAGAAAGUGUGGUAGUCCCCGGACAAAUAAGUAUGGAUAAUGAAAAUGGGGCCCAUCAAUUAACAAAUAUCGUGCAUGAAAGUAAAACUAACAGUUCAUCUGAAGAUCAUGCAAGACAAAGAUCUCAUACUAUGUAUCUUAUACAAGAGGGUGAAGAAGCUAGCAGCAAAUUAGAGAAAGACAAAAUAUCUGAAAAAUUAACAGGGAAAAGAUGGAGGGCUUCGUCGUGUUCAGGAGACCGAGAGAAGGCUAUGCCGCGUAAACGUUUGAUCCAUAUACCACUUGAUCAUGUACCGAGUAUUACAGAAAAAUUUGAUCGCUCUUUGAGUAAGUACUCUAGCUCUGUGUCGGGCGAAUCCAGUGAUUCACAUGAUCACGAUGUAAGAUUUAUCUCCCCUGAUAGUCGUAGGAGGAUAAAAAAUGAAAGGAAUAGUUCGGAAAAAUUUGUGAAACCUAAGUUGCUAAUUGUUUCUAACUGUCGGUCACCUAUUGUGAUGUCAUCAACACUUCCAUAUGGUGGCAGAAAUACAGCACCUGGCAGGCAUGAGUUAUUUGACGACUUCCAGCCAGUCCUGAGCAUGCAUAGAAGUCGCUACCCAUCAGGUACCAAGUCCAUUAGCUCACAGGAGGACAUGUUCCUGCUUGGACAGAAAAUUGCUCGUGGAGAGGAUGCUCCACACUGUGAAGUGCUACCUUCAUUACUAGGCUUGCAGCCUAUCCUUCCAGAGGUCAAUAAUCUUUACGAUGUUUCAUACAGCGAACUUUUGGAGCCGACUAAAAAGAGUAAAGAGAUUAGACGGACAUCAUCGGAAUCUCGAUUAAACAUGUCUGAUCAUUUGUCAGGUCGAAUAUACACUCGUAGUGUAUCAGAGGACCCUAAACUGUUGUCUCCUCGUGGUUCUAUCGCUAUGGCGACCCUUCAUCGAGUUGUGGAAGAGGAGGAAGAGAUGUAUAACCCAAAUUUGUUAGAUGAUCCGGAGCUGCAGUCUGGAGGAUACAGGACAGUGCUCAACUUCUCCUCUUACAUGACUUCUGUGAUAGAUUAUGUGAAGCCUUCAACUUUGAAGAAAGAACUGAACGAAAAAUUCAGGGAAAAGUUUCCAAAUGUUCAGCUUACCCUUACAAAGUUCAGAAGUUUGAAAAAAGAAAUGAGAAAUAUAGGACAUGUUAAGUGCAAUAUAGAUUUAUGGACUGUUGCCCAAGCAUAUGUUUUCUUUGAAAAACUGAUAUUAAAGUUAUUGAUCUCAAAGCAGAAUCGCAAACUUUGUGCAGGUGCUUGCCUAAUGUUGUCGGCCAAACUGAAUGAUAUCAAGGGUACAGAACUCUCUAAACUUAUCGAUCAACUUGAAGACGUUUUCCGGCUGCACCGGAAGGAGAUGUUGGCAUACGAGUUUGCUACUCUGGUCGCUCUGGAGUUUUCCCUGCUAAUAGCCGACAGCGAAAUUUACCCACAUUAUCAGAGGCUCCUCUACCAAUCUUGAUAGUGGUUAUAUAAUAGGUUCAUUUAUGUAUAUUUUAUCAAAAUUGUGAUACAAAAAUAGGAAAUAUUAUUUUAGUUAGCUUAGGCCAUUCUCUGAUAUGAAUAGUUAAGAAUUCUCCACAGCUUACAAUUAUUUCCCAGUCAUUUGUAUACCUGGCUCUAUCACGCCUUUGGAAGGAUGGGGGGGGGCCAAAGGGGGGGGGGAAGGCUGCUAGCAAGGGAAAUGACCCCUCACUGAAUAAGAUAGGCAGAUAGGCAGAGUAUAGUGAGGGAAAUAAGGAAAGUUUUCACCUCUGUCUUUGUGAUAGAGGGUGAAUAUGGUGCUUAUGUUUUGUUCUUUAAUUGCUGGGAGUAUGUUUAAUUUACAGCGUAGGAACUUAAGCUUUACUAAGGGCUUGAAAAUUGUAAAGCCAGAAGUUCCCACUGUUCCCAGGGGGCAAAAAUGAGGUACAAAUGAUUAUUGCAUUUUGUUUUUCUAUCACAUGAAUAAUACAUGUAUGUUAUGAUAUUUGAUGUUUAGGUAACGUUCAAAGCUUUAAAAUAGUAAUGGUAACAACAGUCAACCUAUAACUAUGACAAACCUUUGACUGCCACAAGUUAUUUCCAAUAUCUUUAUUUAUUAGUUAUUGUUUUUAUAAAAUUAAAAUUAAAAAAUUCAUUGUUCAGCUUCUUGGAAAUGAUUGGGAUAAAUAUUUCCUUUUAAAACCGAGAACACUAUUUAUGUCACCAUGUAUUUUUAUCAUGCUAUAUUUAUAGCAAUAGUAGUUUUAACAAUAUUUGGUUUGCAUUUCAUUGAAAGUCCUAAAUCUUAAAGAUCCUAUAUGUUGUAUAGAUGAAGGAUGUAACAACAAUUGAGUGAAAUUUUAUAUAUGUAUCUAAUUAUUCUUCUAAAACAAUUUCCAAACAUCCAAGAAUAUGUUAAAUAUGUGCUACAAAUGUUAAUAUGCAUUAUAAGUAAUCUGUAAAAUAUAUGCAUUCAUUUCUUAUUGAAAAA